AUGGCCUGCGAGAGCACCGUGCGCGUCCGCCCUGCCGCCGGCGGCGCCGACCCGGCUACGCAAACAAAAUACAAGAAGCCGCACAUCUUUGACACUAUUGAAGAGCCGACACUACUGCGUGAGAUUCUCGUCGACGACAUCUUUGUGCUCGGCGGCCAGUUUGCCAUUCUCUGCCAGUGGGCGCACCCGGGCCUCGCCAUCGGCAGCCACAAGCGCUCCAACUUUAAAACGCGCGUGGCGAACCGCCUGCAGACGACGAUGCGGUUCCUCAACGCGGCCGUCUUUGGCACCCCCGAGCAAAAGGACGCCGUCUUCUCCGUCAUCCACCGGUACCACGCGCCCGUCCGCGGCGAGGGCUACGACGCCAACGACCCGGAGCUGCACAAGUGGACCGCCGCGACGCUCUUUGUCUCGCUCGUCGUCAUCCACGAGCACGUUUUUGGGAAGCUGCCGCGGGAAAAGGAGGAGGCGCUGUUUCGGCAGUCGGCCGUGUACGGCACCAGUCUGCGCAUGCCGCCGGAGAUGUGGCCCGAGAGCCUGGACGCGUUUUGGGCGUACUGGGACCAUAACAUAGCGACGCUGGAGAUUACAGACGAGGCGCGCAGCCUCUGCCAGGAUUUGCUGUGGCCGGAGAACCUGCCGUUUGAGCUCGCGGCGCUGCUGCCGCUGUCGCGGCUCGUGACGGCGAAUGUGCUGCCGCCGCGGCUGGCCAAGGAGUAUAAUCUGGAGCCGACGGCGGCGAGCAGGCUCAUGUUUCAGACAGUCAUGUACGGCAUGGCGACGGUGUAUCCGCUGCUGCCGCUGAGUGUGCGCCAGAGUCGUUUUCGUCGCAGCAAGGGGGAUCUGGAGCGUGCGGUGAAGAGGAUUCAAGAAACGGGACAUUGGGCGGGUACGCCAGCGGCGUAG